AUGCACGCUCAAGUUUCCUCCGAGGGUUUUCUUGCCACUGCGAUCGUGGACUUAGUCAAUACCCAGGGAGAAUCCAAGUCUUGUCGAGUAUUUUUGGAUACUGGAUCUCAGGCCAAUUUUAUCACUGAAAGCGUGGCAUCUUUCUUGAAACUAAAUAGAAAAUUGGUUGAUAUUUCGGUCUCUUGUGUUGAGAAUAUUUCCACAGAAAUCAAGCAUUCAGUUUCAGCAACAUUGAAAUCUCGUUUUAGUAAAUACUCCAAGAAUCUCGAAUUUCUCGUUCUAAAUCGAAUCACAAAAACAAUGCCCUCAGUUGAAAUUAAUCGUGCAGCCCUUGAAAUCCCAAAAGAUAUAUUUCUAGCUGAUCCUGAAUUCUAUAAGCCAUCAGAAAUCGAUGCUCUGAUUGGAGUUAAAUUGUUUUACAAGCUCCUAUGUGUAGGACAAAUUACCCUGAAAAACAAUCCAGAAGCGGUGCUGCAAAAAACUCAGCUUGGCUGGAUUGUCGCUGGAGAAAUUAAUAGUUCUCUCUCUAAAAAUCACGUGCAAUGUAGCUUUGUGACCCACUCUACACCUCUCGAUUCGAAUCUCACAAAAUUUUGGGAAAUCGAAGAAGUUCCAUCAAUAAAAUUAUUGUCCCAAGAAGAGCAAGCUUGUGAAUCGCAUUUUAAAAAUAACACUCAACGCGACCCGGCAGGUCGUUACAUUGUGAGAUUGCCCUUCAAAGAAAAUAAAGAUAAAGAUCUCGCUAUGCCUGGUUUCUAUCUUCCCCAUCAUGCAGUGAUACGAGCAGAUGAUAUCACCACAAAAAUUCGCUUUGUCUUUAACGGUUCCACGAAAACUUCGACAGGCGUGUCACUGAAUGACUCUUUGAUGGUUGGUCCUAAAAUUCAGGAUGACCUUUUCAUUCUUUUAACACGAUUUCGUUCGCACAGAUUUGCGUUGACUGCUGACAUCGAAAAAAUGUACAGGCAGGUUUUAGUACAUCCGGAUGAUGCUUCAAAAAAUUUUGUUUCGCCAAAAUCCAGACGAAUUUGGGGGAAAAUCGACAGUCCAUUGAAGAAGAGCUCUGGCAGGACUCCACGUGGAACUACACUCUCCCAUAUAGGAGAUAAAUAG